CCAAUGAUUUGAUUGUUUGAGUCAUUAUAGCGAUGACUGUAAUGACAACAACAUUGAAGUAUUCAAUGACUUAAUCAUUAAAACACAUGUCUUGUGCUGUCAUUUGAAUUGAUAUUCAAUGUGUUAUUAAAUUAGUGUUAAUAGUGUUAUCAUCCGGUAAUCAAACUAUAGAUUAUCAUUGAAAAGAGUGACCACAAAGUUAUCUGAAACUGUGUGACAAUAGCCGAGACCGACGAUCCAGAAAUUGUGGACAAUGUUGGAGAUCACAGACAUGCAGAAGAUUGGAUUAGGACUGUCGGGGUUUGGCAUUGCUUUCCUUAUGUUAGGAGUGAUGUUACUCUUUGAUAAGGGAUUGUUGGCCAUCGGAAACAUAUUGUUUUUGUCUGGUCUGGCCUUCAUUAUUGGUCUCGAGCGGACAUUUUGGUUCUUCUUUCAGAAACACAAGUGGAAGGCGUCUUUGGCUUUCUUUACGGGCAUAACAGUCGUACUGAUUGGUUGGCCACUCAUCGGUAUGAUUGUCGAAACGUAUGGAUUUAUAUUACUAUUUAGAGGCUUCUUCCCGGCGGCCGUCACUUUCCUGACCAGAGUUCCCGUAUUGGGAACUAUACUGUCUUUACCAGUGAUAAGCAAAGUGGUGGACAAAUUGGGCGGUGAUUCUCGUCGUUCAAUGGUUUAGUCACUACUGAUUCACUUAGUGUUAAACCAUUGUUUAGAUUAAUA